GAACAAGCAUCUAAAUACCUCUUCUAUACCCAUCAUCACAUGUCAUACCCAUAUGCAUAGAUGAUUUUGUUCCAUCCAUUACAUACACAUACAUCCACCCAUCAGUCCAUUAAGCCUAUAAGCUCAUAGCAAGCACCAAAAUUAGACCACAGCUCAUACACUCUAGGCUGGUGCCCAAAACAUGUCUCCUCUCUUUACAGCCUUUCUCCUACUAGUAGCUAGGGCCUCUGCAGCGCCACUCUUGCCAGGAUUCUACUCUGAGACAUGCCCGGAAGCUGAAUUGAUAGUGAGGGAAGUGAUGAUGAAGGCCAUGAUCAGAGAGCGAAGAAGCGUUGCCUCUGUCAUGCGUUUUCAAUUCCAUGAUUGCUUUGUUAAUGGUUGUGAUGCUUCUAUGUUGCUGGAUGAUACACCAACCAUGCUGGGAGAGAAGGGUGCUCUUUCGAAUGUAAAUUCUCUAAGGUCUUAUGAAGUUAUCGAUGAAGUGAAGGAAGAGUUAGAGAAGGUCUGUCCAGGAACUGUUUCUUGCGCAGACAUAAUUGUCAUGGCUGCUAGAGAUGCUGUUGCUCUGAGUGGAGGACCUUACUGGGAGGUGAGGUUAGGGAGGAAAGAUAGCUUGACAGCUAGCCAAGAAGACUCAAACAAUAUCAUGCCAAGUCCAAGAGCCAAUGCAAGCCUUCUCAUAGACCUCUUUACAAGAUUCAAUCUCUCUAUCAAGGAUCUUGUAGCCCUUUCAGGGUCACAUUCCAUUGGCCAAGGUCGAUGUUUCUCUAUAGUUUUUAGGCUCUAUAAUCAAUCUGGAACAGGCAAGCCAGAUCCAGCCAUUGAGCCAAGAUAUAGAGAAAAACUAGACAAAUUGUGUCCACUUGGUGGAGAUGAAAAUGUGACAGGAGACCUUGAUGCAACACCAACAGUGUUUGAUAAUGUAUAUUUCAAGGACUUGGUUGCAGGGAGAGGGUUUCUUAAUUCUGAUCAAACACUUUUCACAUUUCCUGAAACAAGAGAAUAUGUGAAAUUGUUUAGCAAGGACCAACUUGCUUUUUUCGAGGCCUUUGUUGAGGGAAUGAUAAAGAUGGGUGAGUUACAGUCUGGGAGGCCUGGAGAGAUCAGAACCAAUUGCAAGGUGGUCAAUAGCCACCGCCCUGUUGAUGUACUGUUGGAGUCUUGAAAGAAUUGAGGGACAGAGAUUAGUUAAAGUUCAACUAAACUUGGUCAUAGAUUAGGGAGGUUGAGAAAGACUAGAGAAAUCAUAUAACAGUGCAACAUGUCUUCUAGGAUAAUAUAUCAGUGGGAUUGUUGCUAUCAAUUUAAUCCUUUAUUGUGUGGAUGCCUUUGGCUGUAAUCUUUGAAAAUCAAAAGAGAAUGAUGUCAUACAUUGGAAAAUA